GCAGGGGUGGAGGGACAGUCCGGGCGGUGUGGAGUCGUGCCCCUAGGACCGGGACGUGUUGCGGCGGUCGGCGAGCGGCCCCGCGGAAGCGGUGCCCGGGGUUAUCCCUGGUCCUUUGUGGCUUGGGAUCCACAUGCUGUGCCAGCGCGCCAGGCCGGAGCUGCGGUAGAGGCCCUCGAAGGAUGCUGAACUGCGACUUAGCAAACUGAAACAUGACUGAUAGAGAUGAACCCCAGGAUUCUGGCUCUGAUUACCGUGAUGCCCAAGAGCUGAUCAGCCAUCAGCAGAAGGAGCCAUCUGAGGUGUAUUCAUGGCAAAGGAAUACAGGAGCAGAGUGUUCCCGGUCAAGGCAGAAGGCAGCUGCAGCUGCUCCUGGGCAGUCUUCAGAUCAUCCUAACAGCAUGUGUAAAUCAUCAGCAGCUUCAGCUGAGGUUUUACUGAUAAGCAGUGAUUCAGAAAUGGAUGUCUCUGAUGCUCCUCCUGAGUGCUCCACUGCACCUUCAAAGCAGAAAAGGAGAUCUCAGUCUUCAAAGCAACAAGCUGAAUCUGUUACAGGAGUACCUGACAAUGAAAGCUCCUCAGAUUCUUCUCUGUCUCCCCAAAGUCCAGGGAAAUCAUUGGACGCUUCCAAGCAGCAGAAGUCAAAACUCAAUUUGAAGGCCAUUUUUGCCUAUCACUUCAGGGGAAGGAAGUUCAAAGCAGCUGCACACCGAAAGUACAAAAUUCGUGCGGGGAAGAAGAAGAAAAAGAAAAAGUAUGAGAGCACACAGAUGCCCACAGGGAGGCCCCCACUGACAGCCUCACCUCAGGAACAAAAGAGGAGGCUUCUAGACAGAGGUUUUCAGUUCCCUUUUGUUGAAAAACAUUAUGGGGAGAAACAUAUUCCCUUAAAGAUGGUUCUUGGCUAUGAGCAAGCAGCUGCAAAGGGAUAUUUCAAGUAUAUUAAAGUGCUUAAAUAUGAAGAACAUCUUAAAAAAGCUUUAAAAGCCCUUCAGGCCAGUGAUGACUUAGAAAAAGAGUGUGUGGUGUUACGGAAACACAAAUAUUUAGAUGAUGAAGGCCCCAUUUCCCCUAUUCCGGAGACAGAUGAUGAUGAGGACAGCUUGGUUUCUGAUCCCCAGGAACAACUUGAUGCCAGAGUAGUGGAGAACAGCUCUUUCAUUCUAAGCAGCACAAUUCCCAGUAAAAAAAAGUCAAAGCCAGGAAGAAACUCUGCAAAACCACCUGAAGUGAUUGAAAUACUGGAUGAAGAAGAUGGUGCUUAAGAGAACUCAGUGCCUCUGCAAGGCUCACUUCGGUGAACGGCAGAGAGACAAAUGAGGUGGCAGUGGUCGUUUUUCAGAUGCCCAUUUCAUGGCCUGUUUGGUUUAGCACAUUGUUCUGCAGUCACUGUGGAGUUCUCCACCCAGCUGCCUAGGCACAGUUGGAUUACUUUUAUGUCGCUCUUGGAAGGUGAAACACCUCUUGGUUUUCUUGCUGCACAAGGUGAGCACACUCACACUGCAGCAGCAGUUCUAACUUGGGGGUCUCUUGAAUUCUUAGGGCUCUUUGCUGUCCUGAUUCACGAAUCCAUUACUUCAGUGGACAUCUGUGCAACAUGGUAACAAAAGAGGGGCAUUCCUGUGAUGUGUGGAACAGAUUGCAAAGCCUCUACUGAAGUGAAGUACCCCUGAAGUCCAGUCUGAACUCUAGCUACUUGGUACUUGGAGAAAGUGAAAGAAGAAACGCAGGAUGCCGUUUCACAGAAGUCUGAACUGCUUCAAGGAUGCUUGAGGAUACAGAAGGAAGUGAACUGCCCUGAGUUGAAGAAAUGGGAGCAAACUGUUUGACAGGGUCUGAUACCAAGUUCCUGCCUGUCAGAGGGAUGAGAAAUACCAUAUGGGAGCUACCAAAGUGUGUGUGAAGAUCCUGGUGAUGUUGCUGCAAGCCUGCUGCAACAAUCUGCACAGCUGUUCCAAAUGAAGAAAGAAGCUGCUAGAAGACUGUUAUGUUGCUGUUUUUUGGAAUUAAACAUUCAUUUUCACUUGUUA